UUGGCGGGCUCCGCGCAUCGAGGCGGACGGGAGACGCGGACCGCAGCGUGGGGUGCUGCCUUCCCCGCCAGUGGGGCGCCCCGGCGGCAAAUCUUGGGGGUUUGCGCUAUCAGGGAGCACGUUCCCGGGCCCGGGAGGCGGCAGGAGCCCGUCGGGUGGUAAACUCAGGGGGCGAUUGAAGCAUGGGGAGUCCGCUCCGUCUCCGCGCGGCCGCUCCUGCGGCGUGGCCGGCCGGCCGGCUCCAGGGCGCGCCAACCGGCGCAGGGCCCCGCUGACCAACUUUCCCCUUGGGGAUAGGAACGGAGCGGGAACAGGAGGACGCGCGCCAGCUGCCCUUCCAGCCGUCCCCCGGACCCGAUCCAAGCCUGCUCUCCGCGCGGGAUCUCUCCGAAAGGACUUUUGGACCCUGCCGAGGGCGAAGUUAAGCCGAAACUUUUCCCAGUGCGGUGGGUGAUCCAGCCCUCUCUCUGCGCUGAACUUCCAAGCGGAGAGCGAAGGAGCGAGGGGCCUCCACGCUGGCUUGUUAUGGAGUUCGCCUGCCUUUUUUUUGUUUUGUCGGGUUUUAUCCCCCGCAUGCACCUGCCUUGCUGGAGCAGCGAAUCCUCCGCGGAGUUGGCAGCCACCGCUCUCGACAUGGAAAGACUCGGGGUCCUGGGGCGGGGAAGGAAAGCUGGUUGGGGGGGCCUCGGACGUUCUCCAGGACCGCGCCACCUGUGAGCCCCGCUCCUCCUGCCUUGGAAGUAGCCGGAGGGGUUGAAGCGAAGGCAGGAACCGCUCGGGAGGAGAGCGAGGUUGGCCUGAUCCGCGCCCUCUGCUCCGCGUGGCCCGUGGCCUUGCCAUGGCCGGGUUUUGCCCUGGCCUGAGAGACGCCUUGCUGAGCCUUCUGCUGUUCCUGCUGAAGGCUCCCGUUCCUGCUCCCGCUGCGUCCAAAGCCAUCGUCUGCCAGGAGAUCACCGUGCCCAUGUGCAAGGGCAUUGGCUACAAUCUGACCUACAUGCCAAACCAGUUCAACCAUGACACCCAGGAUGAAGCUGGCCUGGAAGUGCACCAGUUCUGGCCCCUGGUGGAGAUUCAGUGCUCUCUGGAUCUGAAGUUUUUCCUGUGCAGCAUGUACACUCCCAUCUGCUUGCUGGACUAUGCCAAGCCCCUGCCUCCCUGCCGGUCGGUGUGUGAGAGGGCCAAAGCUGGGUGCUCUCCUCUGAUGAGGCAGUACGGCUUUGCCUGGCCCGAAAGGAUGAAUUGUGACAAGCUGCCGGUUCCGGGAGACACGGAGAUGCUGUGCAUGGAUCACAACCAGACGGAGGCCACAACCUUGCCCCCACUGUUUACCAAGCCCACCCGCUCCUCCAAAGGGAUCCACAAAAACCUCACCCCCCUAACCCGUGGGGACUGCAAGAGAGUGUGUGCCUGCAAAGAGCCCUUAGUCCUCAUCUCCCAAGAAACCCACCCGCUCUACAACAAGAUUGAGACUGGCCACGUGCGCAAUUGUGCCAUUCCUUGCUUCCAGCCCUAUUUCACCCAAGAUGAGAAGACUUUUGCCACCUUCUGGAUUGGCUUGUGGUCUGUCCUUUGCUUCAUCUCCACCUUCACCACAGUGGCCACCUUUCUGAUUGACAUGGAAAGGUUCAGGUACCCUGAGCGCCCCAUCAUCUUUUUAUCAGCCUGCUAUCUCUUUGUAUCCAUUGGUUACAUCAUCCGGCUGAUUGUGGGCCAUGCUAGCGUGGCCUGCAACAAAGAUUACAACCACAUACACUACGAAACCACGGGGCCUGCGCUCUGCACCGUGGUCUUCCUCCUGAUCUAUUUCUUUGGCAUGGCAAGCUCCAUCUGGUGGGUCAUCUUGUCUUUUACCUGGUUUCUGGCAGCUGGGAUGAAGUGGGGGAAUGAAGCCAUUGCUAGCUACUCCCAGUAUUUCCACAUGGCAGCCUGGCUGAUUCCAAGUGUGAAGUCCAUUACUGUCUUGGCCCUGAGCUCGGUCGACGGGGACCCAGUAGCUGGCAUCUGUUAUGUGGGCAAUCAGAAUGUGGACAAGCUGCGGGGCUUUGUCCUAGCUCCACUGGUGGUGUACCUUUUCACCGGGACCAUGUUUCUGCUGGCUGGUUUUGUGUCCCUCUUCCGAAUUCGGAAUGUGAUUAAGCAAGGGGGCACAAAGACUGACAAGCUGGAGAAGCUGAUGAUUCGCAUUGGGAUCUUCACCGUCCUUUACACUGUCCCGGCUACCAUUGUGGUGGCCUGCUACAUCUAUGAGCAGCACUACAGGGAGAAGUGGGAGAUGGCUCAGAACUGCUCUUGCCCCGGAGACACGUACAGACUGAAGCCUGACUACGCCAUCUUCAUGCUCAAGUACUUCAUGUGCCUGGUGGUGGGCAUCACCUCCGGGGUUUGGAUUUGGUCAGGCAAGACUCUGGAGUCUUGGAAGCAGUUCACAGGUAGAUGUUGCAGGGGAGGGAAGCCUGUCAGCGCCACCAUGUACAGCGAAGCCAACAUAGCACUGACAGCAAGGACUGGGCUUCCCAGUUCGGCUUCCUACCACAAACAGGUCCCCCUGUCCCACGUGUGAAAAAGCUGGUCAGGUGGGGGGCAGGCAAGCACCAUUCAUCCCUGGGCCCAACUGGAACCUUCCUGCAGCUCUGCUCGUUGUGGGACUCCUGGGAUUGCCUCCGGUCUAAGAAAGGGGAGGGGAAGGGGUAAUGCACCGGUGAGCCAGAAGAUCUUGCCUUUGGCCAAGCGCUGAGACUGCAGGGUUGGUAGAAGGCUGCUCUGCCCUUGUGUAAGGUGUGCUUAGCAUCAAACUAUGUAGGACGGGAAUUGGGUAAAAUCCGUCCCCAGACAGAGCUUGAGUUUUGCUUUUUGAUAAUGGAAAAAACCCUUGGAGGCUGCAGGGGAGAGUGAAAGGACAGCAGUGGGGAGGAUGAGGUACUUAAUCCUUUCUCUUCAACCUGUUUUACUCAAAAUUAAACUCCAGCUCUUUUUCACCCUUUUUGUCCACUGUGAGAAAAGCAGCUCAGGAUGAGCAGAUUACUAAUAACAAGAAACCUAAAGUUUAAGCAAUUCCCGAGUUCCUUUUUGGCAACUAUCCUUUUGUGCAAGCAAGCAACAGUGCAGGUAUGUACAUGUUUAUUCAGAAGUAAAUCCUGUAGCCUUCAUGGAACUUAACCCCAACUGAGAGAAGAUAGGAUUCCACUUCACAUAAUACUUAGUCUGACUCUUGGUAGGCAUCUGCUAGUUACUUUGAGAAAUGAUCCUGCAGUCAGUCAUUGUUCAUCCACAAUGUUCUAGUAAUGUGGUCUUAUUUUUUACUGAAGCUACAGAUUCAGAUUGAAAAAACAAAUGGAAUCAGUUUAAAAUGUUCAGUUGUGACAUCAAGACUCAGCAGAGUCCAGGUUCAGAUUUUAGUUUUGGCUGGCAUUCAAUCUACCUUCAUCCUUUUUUGUCCAGAUCUCUGCCAGGUCAAAUGCCAGACAGUCACCUAAGACAUGGAGGUGAGUGUCUCUCCUGUGUUGAUUUCCAAAUGAUAAUAGGAAGGGCAACCUAAGAUUCCUGGGUGGUGCUGACUCCAAGCCCCAUCACGUACAGACCCUGCCCAUGCCUUGCUCACAGCCCUUGUUGUUCUCUUUGCAAAGGGAAAUAUGUGUAGCUCUAAUGGCCACAGUCUGGCCAUUACUAUUGCAUGUUCUUAACUUAGCAAGUGUUUGAAUGCAGUCCUGCUUUCUUUGCAGUAGACACAGCAAUAUAUGCAGUGUAAAAUAUUUUUUUAAAAUGAUUUUUUAUUGAAACUUUUAAAAAAAGUUAAAAACUAAUCCCAACUCAUAUAGAGUAAGGAAGAACAAAGAAAAAGGAAAAAAGCAAAGAGAAAGCAAAAAGUGCAUGAAAAGAAAAAAAGUUUUAAGAAAAAUAGAAAAUAGAAAAGAAAGAUAAAAGAUACAAGGAAGUGGCUUCUGAUAUUCUUCACAGCAGUUAUAAGUACAAUUAUAUUUUAACUUCUCUCUCUAAAGUUACAUCAAAAUACUCUUUUUAUAAUCUAUCCUGUCUAAUCAUCAAAGCCAUAAAUCACAAGUUUUUUUUUUUUUCAUUUUUAUGCAAAAAGUCUACAAGAGGUUUCCAGUCACCAGUAAAUGCAGUGUAAAAUUUUAUGAAUGAAAGCUUAUUCACGCUUGACAGAGAGGGAUGCAAGCAGCAUCUGGCAGGAGAUAAGCAGCUUGCUUGCUUCUCUGCUGAAUGCAGGGGGAAUUGGUUGCAUGUAAAGUGGCAGCAGUGCAGCCUGAAGAUGGGAGACAUUUUCACUUCCUAUCUGCCACCGAUUGGUACAAAGUUCUUUGCUGCUCAGUGUUAAUGUUUGGCUGUCAGGCAGGGACAGGGAGAGCAGUUUCCUAACCCUUCCCCACCCUUCCCUUAGAAAGCAGGACCACAGUUCAUGCCUGAAGACUGAAACAUCUGCAGGCAGAGCUCAUUCUGAUCUCACUUUUCAGAGGGUGGUCAUCAUAUCCUUAAGCAGUUUGUAACCUUUCUGAAGUUGCCAUCUCUUCCUAAUGUGAAACAGUAUUAGCCACAGCAAUGAUCAACAGCUGGGAGAAAAGUCCCUCUUCCGUUUCCAAAUGUUAGCACUUUAAAUAUACAUGGAGUACAUUGCAUAGCUUUGGAAAGCAGAUAGCAAGUUUUUCCUCUUUUUUAAAUAGGCUAUUAUUUCUAAGGAUGGUUUAUACCUGCAUGCCCAUGGUUUGACUUAACUGGUCACAAGUUUCACUCCCUGUUCAUUGAGGCUGUGGUUUUAUGCAAGCUGACCACAGAAUUAAGUCUAAUUGACUUCGGAGGGGCUUACUUCUGAGUAGACAUACAUAUGUUGCUAGAAAUGCUUGACGUUGGCUGAUUCACAUUCCCAAUUCUUGAGGAAAAUAUUGCAAACAUCCCUGAUUCUCUUUCUAAAGUUGCCAAUAUUUCUUUGGUGAAGUAGCCUUGCUUUUUUUUAAUUACUUUAUCGAUUAUUAAUAAUCACCCUGCACUUUAAAGUUUUCACCUGAGCCUUCCUUCCAAGGAUCUCUGCUGUUUUCCAAGAGUUUUUGUCCAGUAAGUCAGCAUGGCCUGCAGCCCAAGGUCUCUGUGGCCAGGGCACUUGCCUUGUGCGCUGAGGAGAGAAGGGUAUCUAUGACCUUGCUAGGACUCCUCCUGCAGUCUAGGGGAAGCCUCACCAGUACAAGGUCUCCUUUGCUGUUGGGAUACUGUGGCUGGAGGCUGCCAGAAUGAAGAAUCUAGCUUUUCUUUUCCAGGAAGACCUCACGUGCACUCUGGCCAUGGUUAACUAGAAGCAAGUGUGCCACUUGAAAAGGUCACAUCCGGUUCCUGGAGCAGAUGGUUAUGGCACUGAGGUCAAAGAUUCAGUGCAUUCCUAAAGCAGGAGGAGCCUGAAUGGAGGUUAGACCAGGGGGCUGCAGAAACCUGGCCACAGAUAUUGGGGCCUGGACUGGAGUUAGCAAUACUUUGCCCUGUUCCUCCUGCUGGGACAGAAUAUUGAUGGUCUUUGUUAAAGGUUCUACCACUGGUCAGUUCUGUAAGUAAUACAUGAACUAGUCCAACUGGCUUCUCCAACUGCAAGCAGUAACUCUCCCAUUGAAGCAACUGCCCAGAAAGGAGCCCUGCAUUUUCUCAGUUGUGUGGCACUUUAAAGACCACUGAGGAUAUUACGGCAAAGGUCUUUGCAACCUUGAGUCCACUUCAUCAGAUGCUUCAGAUGGUCUCCCACAGAUGCAGUUUAAGCUUGGGUGGACUAUAUGCUUGCAACUGAGUAUCCCUUUUCACUUACAUGAUGAACCGGACUCUAAGCCAUAGCAGCUUAGGCAACCUUUUUGUUUUUUUCCUUUAAGAUUGCCUAAGUCUCUUUAUGGCUCUUAUUUCAUUGAAUGAUUUACAGGUCUUUAAUACAACCCAAACAAUUACUGAUAAAACAGUUACAGGGUUUUUGAGGAUUACUUGGGUUAUGGAACUGAAAUCUUAAAAGACUAAUGUAAUUGGAGCCCAGGUGCUGCUUUCUGAGCUAGAAAUGGCCCUAGAUCUCUCCGGGAAGUGGCUGGCUCUGAAGGAGCUUUCCAUAGGCAGGGUUAGUGACCUUAAGUGCUUGCAGGAUCCAUCUCUCUUCUUUUGCUCCUGGGAAGAUCCCAACUUGGAUUAAAUUGCAGCAACCGUCAGCUUCGUUGAACUCUAGCAACUUGCCUUCAGCCACCUUGUGUCAUACCUGAAGGAGGAAAUCUUAAUCUAGUGCUACUUUUCACUGGUUACAUAGCAUAUAUGCCUUCCUUAUUUCAUGUGGUGCUGUUUUCACUUCUCUGUUUAACAAAGUAUGCCUGGAUUAUGAGGGUUAAGUAGAAGAUCCUGCCUUGAAGGCAGAGAAAUAAUUUUUUUGGCUUCUUCCAGCCCGUAGUUCUGACAUUGUGGUGCCUACUCACCAGCGCACAACAGAAAAAGAUGUAGAAGGCACAGGGCCUGAAUGUUUAGUAUUGAACGGAGAACCAUUCUAGGCCAUACUGCACUGAAGACAUGUAGAGGUGACAUUUGAGUUCAGUUCUUAUGAUGCAAGACCUGGCUGCCUGGCCCUGGCAUGUUUGAGAGACUGUCCCAUUCAGUUUAAAAACAGGACUGUGUUGGACCCAUCACCUCUGUGUUUUCUGAAUUUUUAUUCUGUAUUCAAUAGGUUGACUUUUCAAGAAAGAUUAUGUAGAGCAGUGUCACUAAUUAAAUAACUGGGAGAAUUUCAUCUUUAUGCUUUCUGAUUUUCUUCACUAAGAAUCAGUUUUGAAUAGGAGAGCUUUGUUCACCUUGACAGUUGUUCUAAAACUUGAUAGCACUAAAUAUUUACAUCACAUAGAAUUGCAUUAGGCAGUUCUGCAUUAAAAGUGCCCUAAACUCGAUUGAUUACUUUUUGCCAUGACUGGAUUGUUUUUUGGGGGUUCGUUCAAUCUUGUCCAAUUCUCAGAGACUGCCUGGACAAGUCCCUGCAGUUUUCUUGAUUAGAGACGCUUUAAUCAACUCUUACUCCAUUAUUCAGAUUUAUUUCCUACUAAUGGGAAUGUAUAGCAAAGAUGCUUUCUUAGAACAUGUACUUCAGAUUCACUGUCCUUUCUUAGGUGGGAAAGACUUCAGCUUAACAAUUCUUGAGUAGUAUAAAUUCAUGCUUAAAGAAAAUCAGAAUCCACUCUCAUAGCCAAAGUUAUGACUGGAAUAAUAUUGAUUUAAAAUAACAAAAUUGAUUUGUUCUACCCACUAGUUGUUUGGUGCGUCAACCAAAAUUCAGACAUUUGAGAAAUCUGGAAUUCCAAAUGGAAUGACUUGUGUGGGCACAUGGGACCCUCAAACUAGAGCAGUUGACCCACCCUCAACUGUCUGCAAAGAUCCACAUCAUUACUGGACAAUAACCACUUUUGUUCCUCAGCAGCGUCUUGGGGCCACCCAGCCACGUGGACAAAGAAUAGUUUUUUUGAGUGUUGCCAGCAAGUUAAAUCUGGCUGUUUUAUAUAUAAUAAAAAGGGUUUGGAGAAAAUUCUUAGCAUCUUCAUCUCACUUAUCACACUUCUUUUCCCAAUCCGCUGUGUAUUACACAAAAGGAGGCAGGGAAAAUACCACCCAUUCAAGCAUAAAAUUGCUCAUCUUGCAGCACCUACUUGAAUUAGAUCAGAUGUGUCCAAGUUAUGAAAUGGCCGGUAGGGGCAAUGGCUCUAUUAGGUGUCUUGCUAAGUACUUGAAAGUCUCCUUUUAGCCUCCCAUGUGAAUGGCAGAAACAUUUUUCCUUAGGGCCCUGCUAGGCUGCUGUGCAUCAAGGGUCCCUCACCAUCCAACCGCACCAGUGUAUUUUCAGACAACCCACACAGUGCUUGCCAGUGUCCCCACCCCACCUGGUUUUAAGUACAUAGUUUUAAUGGAAGCCUGCACAAAGGAAAUGGCUGUCUGCCGAUGUAUUCGCAUCUACCAUCUACCCUGAAGCUGGGGCUGGAGCAGCCUCACAAAUUUGCUUUCUGUCUGUUGGGUGUUUGGUGAUGGGCCCCAUAAAAGCAUAACAAGUUGGUGACCACAUGAGCCUCCUUAUGUGGCAGACAUUUUUGAAGAAUACCUAACAUUUUCCCAGGAUUUCAAAUAGACUUUUGGCCCCAAAAGCUAGAGCACUAGAGUGAUUUUUGUGAGUUCUAAUUCCAGGUGUAAAUGUUUGCCUGAAAAUAUCCAAUCAUACAUGUUUAAUAAUAGACACCAUAUAUGUACAAUUAGAGCAGUUUGAGUUUUUGUCCGGUGGUAAAAUAAGGCCACUCAUAGAAGGUGACAUGAUCCAUGAUGAUACCCUGGACAAUCUCAUGCUGACAGGGAAAGGCUACAGCAAAAUUAGAACAGCAUUCAACUCAACUUAGUUAAAGUUUAGUUGCACACCUUCUCCCCCAAGUUGUGAAGUUGGGAGCGGAGCACAUGUCCAUCCAUAGAAUUUAAUGGCUGAGGAGGGCUUUGAUGAAUCAAAGUUACAUACUUGGUGUUUUAGGAACAUUGCUGCUCCCUGUAAGAAAACUGAAAAGGCAUGGUUUAAAAAAAAAGAUGGAAAAUUAACAAACAGUACCCAAAGUUUUAUUCCAAUGUAGAAGACUGUCAAGUACAUUAUUAGCUUUGACCAUUAAGGGUUCUUCUAACCAAGGUAUUACAGGGUUUCUUUAAGACUGAAUUGCACCAUGUAGUAUAAUAUGUAAAUAGCUGUAUAGUUGUCUUCAAAGAAACAAGUUUGUAUAUAGUGAAUCUCUGGUGUGAAUGUUGGAUACGGGUUGGAAGAAGAUUGUAUAUUGUUGUUAAACAAUUCAAAAACUGUAGAUGACAGGAUGAAAGUUUAGGGCAUUAAAUCACUGUACUUAAAAGUUGGAUUCAUGCUUAGGUCAUACUGCUCUUUCAAUUGUGCCUUGUGGAAAUGAAGUUUUUACAUAUUACUUGCAGUAUGAUUAACACUGCCAUGCCAAAAGGUUAAACAGAUACAUAAAAAUUAUGUUAAAAGCUUUAAAAAAAAGAAAUAAAUGGAGUUCAGUCUGUCACCUUAAUAAACAAUUGAAUGUAAUGAUUGACAUCA